AUGAUGCCCAAGAAGCGUCAACACGGUUUCGACACGGGCGCACCGGUGGGCAGCCUCUCGGUAACCGGUGCCGGUCCUGCUAUCGGUUCAAACGCCAGUGCAGCUCCGAACGGCGCCUCCACCGCCAGCUCGCAUUUCUCACAACCGGCGUGCGCAACCACUUCCGGCAACUUCUUUGGUCCGUUCGGUACGAAUGGUCUGCCCAGUAGCUUCAUCGACACCGACAUCCUACUUAAUGACGACCUUUGGAACCAAUUCUCACCAGCGACCACUGUCAACUCCUCCAACGGCACCGACAUCGCCGGUCAUCAUCAUCAAGCUGAAUCGGACACCAACGCCAAGAUGGACAAUGCUUCGGAUCGUGCUUUUGGCGAGUCGUACGUCAACAUUCCUUACACGGGCUCUCUCGACAUGUAUGGCCUACCUUCUCGCACUUUUGGCACUGUGCGGCCUGCGCACGAUGCUUUGAGCCGUCUCAGCAAGGACACUUCCUCCAUGGAUGACGGCGACUCCCCCGACGGCUCCAACGGCGAGACGACCUCGACGAUCGCCACCAGCAUCCUGUCGCCUAGUUCCCUUGGCACCACGGUUGGAAGCUUGCCCAAGGGCACAGGUACGCGUCAUCACCGUUCCACAAGCAAUGCAUCUUCGACCCACCGAUCCAAGACCGCUCGUAGCUUGAGCCGAAGUCGCAACCGCGCCGCAGCAGGUGCCUCCGAGCGCUCGCCGUCCCUUGACAGAGGAGGCGUAGGCAAAGCGCCUUCCUCGCGAGCACGGGUCAACCGCAGAGCCACCGUAGGACCUGCCGCUUUGGCCGGCAACAUGCAAACAAACCAGAAUCCACCCGCUCCUACUCGCUCGACCUCUUCAUCCGCUGCCGCUACUGGUUCAUCCAUGGGUCUGUCGUCCAGCUUUCAGGCUCAGAGCCACCGCUGGAGCCUUUUCGGAACGCCAGAUACCUCGAACGCCGGCAAUCUGCAUCUCAACUUCAACGACCGAGGGUCCUAUGGAGCACAUGGGCAGCCAGGCACCACUUCCGCGUCCUCGUCACUGCCAACGCCGCUCAGCUUUCACGCGAGCAUGGCGCAUCUGAACCUUCAGACUCCUCCCGUCUCGGCGGCGAUGCAUCAGAUGCCUAGCAGGCAGGAAGAGACGUUCAACCCCUUCCUGUUCCCACCGUACUCGCAAGCCACGCAUCGUCCCGGCCUGGACUCGGUCAGCGAGCAACCCAACCAGCCGUCCUUCCCUUCAGCGCCGCAAAGUGCAGAAGUGCAAGCCGGCGAGGCAUCGCAGGCAGGCGAGACGAAAGCAGCUCCGAUCACCAAGCCACGCCGGCUCAGCAAGAGCACUUCGCAGGCCUCACGAGACAAACUCGUCAAGGACAUCAAAGCGGAAGCUGCCAAGCACGAUCUCAAGAAGACCAGCUCGGAAGAGCCGCCGCAGGAAGAGGACGAUGACGAGGACGACGAUGACGAUGACCCGCCCACCACUAGUACAGGCGGCAAGAGCGAGGCGGAAGCAAAGAAGCUGGCCGAGAAGCGUCGAAAGCGUCGCGAGUCGCACAACGCCGUCGAGCGUCGCAGGCGAGAUAACAUCAACGAGAAGAUCACCGAGCUUGCUACCUUGCUGCCCGAAGCGAUGCUGCUCGAUGCCAUUGCCACUUCAACUCAGGGUGGUAAUAGCGGUACGUUUGCACCUGCCUUGGCUGCCAAGGCGGCACUAGCGGCGGCCGCGGCUGCAGCAGCCAAGGGAGAUCCGAUGUCGGGCGGCGCUGAUGGGCAAGGCAACUUGCCAAAGUCCUCGACCGAGGCGUACGCUGCGGCGCUCGCACCUGUCGACGCCAACAGCGCAGCAUUGGCAGCAGCACAGGCCAAACCGAACAAGGGCAUCAUCCUGCGCAAGAGCGUCGAGUACAUCCGACACCUGCAGCAGUUCCUCGACAUGCAGAUGGGUCGAAUCGGGUUUCUCGAGGCGGAGCUGGCUCGAUCUCAUCAAGCGCUCGCGGCGUCAGGCAUGCAGGCCCCUCCGACCACGGAUCCGCAGCAAGGGCUCGGCAUGAUGCACGCCUUCUUCAACCAGCCUGACAACGGGAUGUUUGGCGACCACAUGCAGCAGCCACAACCGCAGCAGCAGCAGCCUCAUCCCUUCGGUCAAAUGUCCCAGCAGCAGCCGGUGCAAGACUUCAGCGCCAUGAACCUGCUCAGUCUGGGCAUGCCGAUGGAACAGCAAUCGAGUCAGUCGCAGUCGAUGCACCAGAGCGGUAUGAACUCGUCUCAUUCCAGCUCUGCUCAUGAUGCGAUCUCCAACACGCCGGCGCUCACAGCCUGGCUGGAAGGAUUCGAUCAGCGCACCGGGCUGCCUCGCCGCUCAUCGGUCGAUCCGAUCGAGGAAGAGGAGCAGCAGGACGGCGAAGAGGACAAGGAGCUCAGCCGCCGCGGUCGAAGUCAGGCUUCGAGGCUAUCGAACGACGGGCAUGAUGAGCACUGGCGAGGACGAUCCCGCCACAAGGUGGGGCGCGGUAGAGCCCAGGUCCAGGAGGGAAGCUGGCCGGAGCUGCAACCGUCGGAAGCGCAGUCUCCGAUGCAGCUCGUGUCUGGCGAGGAGGGCCAUGCCACUGCUUCGUUCUCAGAUCUCGGCGAGAUGAAGCUCGAUUUGUAG